CUCUGUUUCUCGUCCUCCCCAAAGCGCUUCAAGCAGAAAAAUCCCUAGGUCUGACAUUUGCAGCAAAUUUGUAAUCAGAAUUGAUAUUGAAAAAAACAAUGGCAGGAAUGAACAAUUCCGAUGAGCCGAACACGGCGCCGCAAGCCGAUCAAUGGUACAACCUAACCCUAGGGUCGUCGUUCAAGGAUCACAAUCCCUCCAAAUUCUGCACCUUACGCUAUGAGUUCAAGCCAGCUUCAAUCGACAAGAACCAGCGCGGUACAUUCCACAAGAGCAAGGACAAUAAAGUUGCUGUCGAGUUCCAAAACAUACAGCCCGGAAAGCCCAAAGUGUCCUUCGAAGGCUCGAGUGAGGAUUACAAGGAAAACGACGCUGUUCUUUUCUUCGACGGGGUUUCUUUUCGGUUGGAGCGUUUGCAUCGUGCUGUUAAACGGUUAAGGCAUAAGAGAACCCUCGGUGAAUCCACCACAGGUUCAGCAGCUGGAUAUGCUGGAGUUUCUGAUCCAAGCUCACCGCCAAUCGGGAGAGGGGUUAAGAAUAAUAAUCACCCUUCGUACAAAGACACGGUUCAUUCGCUGCCUGUUGAAGUUGAAAGAAUCGAGAUCGGAGAAAUCAAAAGCCCAGAACCAAAACCUAGACGAGAGAAGAGCAUCGAAUACCCUGCACCACAAUCCACCUCACCGAAUCCAUCUCCGGCGGACCUCAACUUCGACGACCUGGAGGAGCAUUUGGAUAUAAUGAGUGCCGACGAAGAAGAUGGCGGCACCACCACAGCGGCGGCGGCGGUGGCUGAUUUAGGCGCUGUUCCACAAGUGAAAGAAGUUGAAUUCGAUAUCAACAAUUUGCCGCUCCAGAAUGACACGGAUGACGAGAUUGCGGAAAUCGAUGCGAGCGAUGACGAGGCGGAGAAGGGGCCGAAUGCUGCGGAGGCGCUCAGAGCUCAGGUGAACGCGCAAGUGAAAGACGGGCAGACUUCGAGCAGUAGCAGUAGCAGCGGUAGUGAGAGUAGCGGAAGUGGUAGUGGGAGUAGCAGUAGUAGUGACAGUGAAAGCAGUGACGGUGAUUCAGUUCACUCCAUAUGAGGAAUCUGGAUUUCGCGCCACCUCAGCAUCGAGGUUUCCGAAUAAAAUAAAGGAACGUGAAGGAUUAUUUAUUGAUAGAUGACUUAUUUUAUAAUUGUUUUUCUUACAACUUUGAAUAUAAUGUCUAUGGAAGUGUAAGAUAGUUUGGGGGUGAGAUUUUUAUUGUACCAGCAGACAAUUUGUAUAGCAGAUAAUGUUAUUUGGUUGUGUAUUUAUUUAGCCAUUUUGAAAUACCAUGCAUUUUGCCUUGUUUAAUGAUAUGGGAGUUUUCGUCUG